CGUUACAGGCAUUGCCGGUUAGUAUGUAUCAAAUGUAUUCCCCGGUAGCGUGAAAAUUUCUUCGCGUGUAGACCCGUCACGUGCAUACGUAUCGUCGAAGCUAUGUGUAGGCCAACUGUGCCUGUAAAUGGUCCGUGUGUGUGUGUGUGUGUGUGUGUGUACGUCCGUGGUUCAAAACCAGAAAAUGUUUAAAUGUAUCAAGCAUGUCUUUCCAUCUCCGAAGAUCUCUGCCAAUGGUGUUACGACCGGACGAAAAGCGGGGCGGGCGAGCUUUCGGAGAGGGGAUCGACGUGUAUGAACGUCCGACGGAAGAAUGUCCUUUGACGAAAGGUAAAAGUUAUAAAUACACGCUGAGCACGUAUUGCGGGGACGGGUUGAAAUUUAUUAUAAGCUGUUUCACCAUUCUGACCAUUUCCAUUACGACGACGUUAGUCUUGCAAAUACUUUACGCCGAUGGAACUCUGCAGGAUAAAGCCGGCGUUCAUGGUGCAGUUGCUACGGAUUACACAAAUUGUUCACAAAUUGGAACGAGAAUGUUACGCAAAGGUGGUAAUGCGAUAGACGCAGCUGUAGCAGCUACCAUCUGUAUGGCAGUGGUAGCUCCUCACAAGACUGGUCUGGGUGGGGGCGGAUACGUCAUGAUGUAUAAUCACAAGGAGCGAACGAACCCGGUCAUUGUCGAUUUUGCGAGCAACACGAUCAAAGACAGCUUCGACGGAGUGCGUGUACCAGCAGUAUUGAGAGGAUUGGAACGUGCACACAGUCUGAAGGGCAGAUUAUCGUGGAGCAAUGUCGUCGAGCCUUCCGCGUCUUUGGCCAAAGGGGGAUUCGUAGUUUCAAAAGAGUUGGCGACACAAGUGUCGAAGAGUGUGGAUUAUGAAAUUUUAUACGGUCACUUGAGCGCAGGGGACACGUUGAAGUUGAACGAUCUCGCUGCAACGCUGGACGCUGUAGCGUCGCAAGGAACCAACGUGUUGUACAACGGGAGUUCUGCAGAAACACUGUUACACGACAAACUCUUGUUUCCGCGGUUGGAGAAUUACGAACCCGACGUGUACGAGGCGAAAAGGUCAAGUUUCUACGAACACGCGGUAUAUUAUCCUGCACACGUGUCGCUGUUGGAAUCGAUGAUCGACGCUUUAGAAAAUCUCGGAAUAUCCAGCGAGACCGCGUCCACGAUUGGGACACAGAUUCAGGUGGCCGAAGCAUUGAUGAAUUCAUCUUUGCUUUCAUUACGAAUGAAGCGAUACGUCGACAAGGAAAGAUAUACCCAAGUCACGGCGAUGGACUGGGACGAUACUUAUGUUUGUAUCAUAACCGGACUCGGCGCACCGUUCGGCCUUGGAUACAUGUCGGGUGCCGGUUUUUUACUAGACGAAGCCAACGACGACAAUAAUUUCUCCACGUUUCUCCCGAUAAUCUUUCACGACGAAAGAACGUCGUGCGGAUUACGGGGUGUGUUUGGUACCGAUGACGUACUGAUUGCCGGACAAUUGUUGUACAACAUUAUACUGCGUCGAUUGAACGUUUCCGAAGCUGUCGAGUAUCCUAGGUAUUACUUCUCCUCGGACGGACUGCUCGCUGUAGAGAAUGACGAAAAACACUCGUUGGACGCGCUCGUACGGGAUCGGUUGACGUUUCCAGCAGUCGUGAACAGUGAUUCAAAGAGCGUGAACGCAAUUAUAAAGAGGAGAGAUCUGAUGUCGAGUCAUUCAGACAGUCGCGGCGGCGGUCUCGCGUCAAGAUUUUAACCGAAUAUUUAUUUGUACACGUUCAAUCGGAUGAAAAAAAGAAAAAAAUGACUCGUGUCUAACGAGAUAUCGUUCACUCACUGUUCUGUAAAAAUAAUUCAUGUUUUUAACCAUUUUUUUAUACAACCGAUUGUCGAAAAUAUACUCGUGUCUUAUUUCAAAUGCGAACGUUUCAAUUA